AUGCUGGCCGUCUUCGCCCCCGGCGGCUAUCUCCCCAACGCCGGCAGCUUCGUCAGCGGCGCCUUUGUGCCCAACCCCGCCAAUGCUUUCGAGCCUACCCCCAGCUUCGCUCCUAGCCCCGCUAAUGCUUUCGGGCCCACCCCCAGCUAUGCUGCCAACGCCUCGGCAGGGAUGGAAUUCACCCGAGCUGCCAAGCUCGGCAGCCAAGUGUUGAACACGCCCACCACCCGCAGUCCUGAGGAGGUUGAAAUUUGA